UUGUUUAUUCCACGCCCAUAAACUUAAUCAAUUAUGUACCUGUAGCCCAGAGAGAAGAAAUGUGUGCACUUUUCUAACGUUCUGCUGCUGCCUUUAGCCCUUCACUCAACACCCAGCAUUCGCAAACAAGGCCCUGCCUAGCAGGGCAUGUUUUAUCCUCAAAUAUUUGAUUCUCCAAAGAAAGCACACAGAAUGUCAGACAGGUCAUCACAUGGUCAUACUCCAGACCACUCUCCCCCUCCUCUCUCUCACGACGCACAAAAUUCAGAGAACACAAGCUCUUCCUCAUCUCCCAAGAAGUGCAGGCGAAGUAGCAAAAAGAAACUUUCUAGCGGCAGCGAAGGAAGCAUAUCUCCUUAUUUUCAGAUACAGAAGCCGCCUAGUUUUUUCGCAAGUCCAAAUACAUGCAAGAAACCUGCACGUAGUCCUUCGGAUGAUGAUAUUUUAAAACCACAUACCAAGGGAAGCACUGAAUCACCUAAAGGACACACUCUUACCAAGGCUCACUCAACUGGUGAUACCACUCAUUUAAAUGGCGACACCACCGAUUCAACUGGUGCUACUGCUAUUUUAACUAAUGGUACUGCCCAUAUUAACGAUACUCCUCUUAUACUUACAACUCGUGAUGUACAUGAGUGCCCUCCUUCUUCUUCAACCGUACCUGAUCCUCCAGCUCGUGUCGUCGUUGCUCCUUCUAUACCAGCUACUUUAGGAUUCUCUCCCUCUCCCAAGACUCCGCCUAAAAAACCUCCGAGGGCUAGGCCACGCCCACAAUCAGCGUAUUCUAUGUCUGUAGAGGGUUCUAAAGAACCAGCUCCUCUAUUAUUUCCUAAUUCUCAAAGAUAUAGGCCGUACUCUACGAAACUAACCGAUCAGCCGCUGGUUGAACAGACCCCUCCUAUAGACAGUAAUUUACUAGUGCCUUCAGAAGUAACCAAUCGCUUAGCUGACCUUGAGACAUCACUGGAGUCAAGUUUUCACGGUAUCUUGGACACCAAUUCUAAAGUAGACCUUUCGCCAUCAAGAAAAGGGCAGCAAACUGACAAGAGAAAGGUAGCCAUUAAUCGUCGGUCUACGUCUCCCUCCCCAAUCCGUACCUAUAGAUACAUGAGUAGUGCUGGUACUAGACUCAGUCCUGCUAGCGUGAGAAGUGAGUUUGAAUAUUCUAUGGAGCCGAGGAAUUUCUCACGUGUGGCGGUGAAAUCUCCGCCUCGUUCCAUUGCUCCGCCCUCUUUUACUGAAAAGGAGAAAGAGGAGAAUCUUUUAAAUGGCGUGGGGGCUCCAGACGGCCCUAGUUCACUAAAGGUGCCUCAAAGUGGUCUUGCUGAAAAACUCUCGUCAUCACCAUUGAACAAGAAUUGGUUAAUGGAGACUGGAGUUUAUGAUACACUGUCCCCCCAGGUUCUUGGCUCUUUCUCUCCUCCUCAUCCCUCCUCUUCUCCCAAGAAAAACCACACUCCUUUCUUCAACACGACUCCGACUCCCAAGAAACCCUCGACCACGCCCCCAAACUCAAAAACCCACCGGCGUAGCAAUAGCGAAGACCAAAACGCACUGGUAUUGUCCCUUGGGAGGUGUCUGGUGACUGAGGAGGAGCCAAAGGGACAGACAAAGCACAGUCCUGGCAGCCCUAAGAAGAAGAGAAGCGAUACAGUGAAAAGUGAUACAGUGAAAAGUGAUACAGUGAAAAGUGAUACAGUGAGAAGUAAUACAGCGUCUUCUGCUAACUCACGCAACAGCUUCUCUCCACCUUUCAUUAGCACUGGAGUAGAGGAGACCCUUAACUGGCACCCAAUGGAUCCAGCAGAGUAUGACAAGCUUAUGCAGAAGGAACAGCAACAGCCACCAGCAAGGAAACCAUCAUUUUUUUCUACUUUAUUCAGGGGAGACAAGCACGAUAUUUAUUAUCCUAAAAACAUCUCUACUCUUAUAUCAAAGCAUCUCAACAAGGAGGGUGAAAAAGUGAGCGUCCCUAAUGAGUAUGGGGACACUCCCCUCCACUGUUACAUAAAGAGUAGUCGUGAUGAUAGACUGGAUCUGUUACUGGGAUUAUUAGUUCAUUGUAAUGUGAAACUGUUGGAUAUUAACAAAGAGGAUAAUAAUGGAGACACUCCUUUACAUGUAGCUACAAAGUUAAAUGAUGAGUGGUGUAUUAAGGCUCUUGUUGCUUUUGGUGCUGAUAUUAAUUGUUCUAACAACAACGGGCAGACUCCGCUCGACUUGAUCAUGUCUCACGUCCAGAGACCUGACUCAAGCAGUUUCGACGCUCUACACGAGCUCUUCUCUCAACUACACGCCCUCCCAGGUGGGCGGAGCUCAUCAAGAAAGCCACGCCCACGCAACGAAUCGCUAAACUCGCUUGUGAAUGAGAGCUACGAAAUUGAAGAGUGCAUCCAGUUAGGCUCGUACCUUGACAAGAGGAGAAUCACUGCGUUUGUUUUUAAACUGGAAGAGAUGCUUGAAAAACAAAGCCUCCAGUUCUCCAUAAACACAGAAGUGACUCUUCCACCUGGUCAGGUCGAUCAUAACGGGACGUUCUUAGAUCCUCUCACUGCGAGACAGAUUCAGCUCUGCCGUAUCAACAAGUACAAGUCGACGCUAGAAUUUAAGAAAGGUGCGGGGUCAAGGAUGCUUUUUCUUGAUGGCGGAGGAAUCAGAGGGCUGAUACAGAUUGAGAUAUUGAUGUUCAUCGAGAGUUUGACCGGAAGAAAGAUAACUGAACUAUUUGACUGGAUAAUUGGGACCAGCACUGGAGGAAUAAUAGCAUUAGCACUAGUGUAUUUGGGUGUGUCACUAGGUGAAGUGAGACAGUUAUAUUUUCAACUGAGAGAAGAGGUUUUUGCUGGAGGAGUACUCUCCAUUGCUAAGAGAACUGAUGCUCUUGAGAAAAUGUUAAAGGCUCAAUUUAAAGACAAGAGACUGAAAGACAUAGAGUAUCCAAAAGUUCUUAUUAGUGCUGUAAGUUCUAAAACGAAUCCUCCUUCACUUCAUUACUUUAAUAAUUGCUUCAAUGACAAAUACUCCGAUGAGCUGGUCUGGAAGGUAGCAAGGUACACAUCAGCCGGUCCAACUUAUUUCUCUGAGUGUGAUGAUUUUGUUGAUGGAGGCGUCUUAGCCAAUAACCCAUGUACCACUUCUUGGGUUGAAAUAUGCGACUAUUAUGAUAAAAUGGGGCUUCCAAAGCCAAAGGUUGCAAUGGCGAUAUCAGUGGGAACUGGUAACUACCCUCCAGAGAUACUGGGAGAGACUGAUCUGUUUGGUAAGGGAUGGCUUGACUUGAGGGGAACCUUCAGAAGAGCACAUCGUUUUAUAAAGAUGCUGUCAACUGCCCUUGUAGAGUCAGAGAAUGUCGCUCAGAUAUUUGGUAAGACUUGUGAAGCACUGGACAUAAAGUUCCUACGCUUUUCCCCUUCGAUGCCAAUCACAAUAAACCCUGAUGAAAGGGACUCAAAAGUUCUAAUAGACAUGAUAAUUCAAACUAAAACAUACUUGAAUACCCAAGACUGCAAGAGAAAUCUUGAUAGUUUAGUGAGACACUUUCGCCAUCUUGCUGAGGUAUCACGCGGCCUCAAUCUCAACAAAUAAAAUAAUUUAUAAUUAUUGUAUUUAUAAUAAUAAUAAUUGUUUAGUGCUUUAUCACACUUCAUACAUUUAGCAUGUUACAUACACAUCUGCUGUGAGUUUUUUAUUUUUUUUAUUUAUAAUAAUGGUGCGAUGAUUUUGUAAAUUUUUUUUGAGAUGCAUCGCAUUUUAAGAUA